CACCUGCUUCCGAGCAGUCGGGGCUGCAGAGCCGCUUCCUCUCUGCCGUCCGUCGCAGAGCUCAGCCCGCGCCUGCAACUUCUCUCGCUCCCGCCCCGCCGAGCUCGCCUGGAAAGUUGCUGGCGGCGCGUCGUAGCCCGUUUGAGGAAGAAGAGGAGGCCGCCGCCGCUCUGAGCGAGGGAGCGCCGGAGAGGUAGCAGCCCACGCCUUCGCCCUCUCGUCGCCUCCAGGAAGAACGGCGCCCAAAGUCGCCGUUCGCCCGGCGCUCCUGCGGGGAGGCGGGAUGGAGACCCCCUCUGCCGCCGCCUCUUUCCGUCGCGACUUGCAGCCUCCGGCGCUGCCGAUCCUCCUGGGCUUGCUGCUCUCUGCCCUUUGCCUGCGGCCAGGACUUGGCUUGUACACAGUAAACACAGUAUAUGGAGAUACCAUUGUUUUGCCUUGCCAUUUAGAAGUUCCUAAUGACCUUAUGUUUGGAAAAUGGAAAUAUGAAAUUGCAAACAAGGCUUCAACAUUUAUUGCUUUCAGAUCUGCAACCAAAAAAACUGUACAAUAUGACGACGUGCCAGAAUACAAAGACCGAUUAAGUCUCUCAGAAAAUUAUACCCUAUCAAUUAGUAAUGCUAGAAUUGGUGAUGAAAAGAAAUUUGUAUGUAUGCUUAUAACGGAGAACAAUAUCCUUGAACAGGCUACAAUAGUCAAGGUGUUCAAACAGCCUUCUCAACCUGAAAUUACAAAUCGGGCAAUGUUUCUAGAAACAGAACGGCUAAAAAUGCUUGGGGAAUGUAUUACAAAAGACGGUUAUCCACAGGGAAACCUAACAUGGUUCAAAAAUGGAAUUGUCUUGCAACCUGUUGAAGGAGCUGUUGUCAUAAAUGAGCAAACAAAUGUGGCUAAAGCAAGUGGACUCUUCACCGUGAUAUCAUCUCUAGAGUAUAAGCCAAUGAAGGAUGAUACCAAUGCACAGUUCACCUGCACAGUGACAUAUUUUGCACCCACUGGACAAGAAACCAUACGGUCAGAAUCGGUGGUCUUUGACAUUCAUUAUCCUACAGAGAAAGUUACAAUUGAGGUACUUUCAGAAAGAAAUACAAUUAAAGAAGGUGAUAACAUUACCCUAAAAUGUUCAGGAAAUGGUAAUCCUCCACCUCAGGAGUUUUUAUUUUAUAUUCCCGGAGAAUCAGAACCUAUACGAGGUUCUAGCCAUUAUAUAUUAACAGAUGUAAGAAGAAAUGCAACAGGGGAAUAUAAAUGCUCCCUGACUGAUGGAAGUCUGAAGGAUUCCACUACUAUUACAGUGCACUAUUUGGAUUUGUCACUUUCUCCCAGUGGAGAAGUUAUUAAGCAGAUCGGAGAAGCACUGCCUGUAUCCUGUACAAUCUCUUCUAGUAGGAACGCUACUGUAUUCUGGCUGAAAGACAAUACCAGAAUGCGGACAAGCCCAUCUUUUUCAAGUUUACAGUACCAAGAUGCAGGAAAUUACAUCUGUGAAACUACUUUACAGGAGGUUGAGGGGUUAAAGAAAAGUCAAAUACUUACACUAAUAGUACAAGGAAAACCUCAGAUCAAAAUGUCGAAGAGAACUGGCCCAGAUGGAUCACAUAAAAUCAUAGCUUGUCAUGUGGAGGGGUUUCCCAAGCCAGUGGUACAGUGGACGAUGAGUGGAGGGGCCAUAAAUAAAACAGAGGAGACUAGAUUUGCCAAUGGAAAAUUCAUUAGUAAAAUUGAAAUUGCUCCUGAAGAGAAUGUUACAGUAACAUGCAUUGCUGAAAAUCAUCUGGAGAGAGCUGUGAUUUCUAUGAAUGUAUCUGCUAUAAGUUUCCGAGAACCCGAUGAACCAGAAGAAAAAAAUGGUGAUAGUAGGGAAAAUGCUAAUGACCAGACAAAACUAAUAGUAGGAAUUGUGGUUGGUCUUCUUCUGGCAGUUCUGGUAGCAGGCGUUGCUUAUGGGCUAUACAUGAAGAAAUCAAAGGAUGUCAACGGAGAGUCUGAGAAGGAAGCGGCACAGAACAUUCAAACCCUCCCGAGGUCAGCCUCAAAACAUGUAGAUAAAGAUCUUGGGAAUACAGAAGAAAAUAAGAAAUUAGAAGAAAACAAUCACAAAUCAGAAGCUUGAGAGUGAGAACUAUGCAGUCACGAUUCCAGAGAAUAAAUAUAGACCAACCGAAGCAUGAACAUGGAUUGUAUUUAAGAUAUAUAUGAAGACGUGACGGCUCUCAAGUUUUCAAAGGAAUUUACACUGUUAUCUCAAGCUUACAAAAAUAUCAGCAAAACUAAUUUGGGCAGCAGCCGUGAUAAUAGGUCAACAAUUUGUGUUCUGUUUGAAUAUAUUUUUUUUGUAAAUGUCUGCACUGAAGAUUUCUUUUGGUUUGCCUUUAUGUAAAUUUUUUACGUAGCUAUUUUUAUACACUGUAAGGCUUUGUUCUGGGAGUCGCUGGUAAUCUGAUGUAUAGUGUAUUGUUUUUAUUUCCAUUGGUUUUCGCACCCUUUAAAGAGGUACAUUUCCAAUUCUGAUUGCUAUCAGUAAAGCUCCUAUUUUGCACAGCAAGUAUUUAAUUUAUAUGAUUGCCUUAUGGGAAAAUGAGACACUUCUUUCUCUGUUUUUCAAACACUACUGAAGAAAAAGGGGUACGUACACCUGUAGGGAGGGACAGCAAAAGAAAAAGCAAAGUAACCAGUUUGUAAAAAAGAGAGAGAGAGAACCUGAUCACAUAUAAAGGACAUGUAUAUAAUUGCCAAAAGAAGAAUCAGGUAGCAAGCAAGAGUCAUCAUGUAUACAGAUGUCUACUAAUAAGUCUUUUUUAAACAGGAAAAUCUUUUUAUUGAUAGCAUUCCAGAAAACUAAUUGUUCUUGCAGUUCCAUGAUAUAUAGUGUGAAUGACUGGAAUUAAGAAUUAGUUCUGAAGUAUUUUUGUUAUCCACUGCCUUAAAAAUUACCUUUCUUUUUAAUUUUGAAAAAAAAAUCAGUCAAAAUCAGAGGCUUAUGUUUGGUUUUUUUAAAGUAAUCAUAUCAAAGCUGCAUUUUUCCACAAAAUAGAAUAUAUAUUUUUGUGUGUGUGCAUUUUUGUUAACUACACUACAGAUAUUGCACCUUGAAAUAAUUUUAGUGUUUUUAACUGGUACAUAAUUUAUCAAGAAGUACAUGAAAUUGUAACAAUAAAAUUAAAUCUAUGUAUCUUUAGUUACAUUCAAGAUUGUAACUUUAUAAACCUGUUUUAUGCUUGAUAAUUUUUUUAGAAAGUUAGCAUAAAAAGAAACAUUUGGAUAGAUCAGGGCAAAUAGGCAGCACUAUUAAGUAAUGUUUCCUCUUAGCAAAAGACUAGCAUCUGGAAGAAUGUAAUAGGUCAUUUUGAUAACGGCAGGAAGAAGUUACUAGAAUAAGCAUCAGGUUUCUGUUUACAGAUUUACAAGCCAGGGAAACAGGAAGAUUCUAUAGAUUGUGGAAAGGAUAAGUGGAAGGAAAAUGAGAUGAAAAUUAGGAAUUGUAUUUUGCCACUUAGGGGAAAAAACACUGUUGUAAAUUUGUAAAAUGUUGACUGUCUGGGCAGUAGUGACUGAUAUCUUAAAUAAAAGCUUCCUGUAGUGUAUUGGCAUGGAUUAAAUACAUGAAAUGUCUUAUAAAUUCAAUACUGUAUAAAAUAUUACAGAAGGAUCCUGUUAAAUCCUCUCAGCAUUGGUUAAGGCUUUAUUCGGCAAGGGAACAAAAUUAUUCAUGGUCAAUGUUUUAAACCAAAGUUAAAAGGGGGAUAAAACCAAAGUCUUUUGUUUUGCAUGGCUAAGCCAUUUAUGAUCUUUGUAAAUACUGUGAUUUUUUUCUUUCUUUUUCUUUUUUUAGAAUUUUGUUUAAAAAAAUUCUAAAAAUUUUAAAGCACCUGUUUUCCAAAAUAAAAUGUGAACACACACAAAAAGGUUAUAUACAAUUUGUGUUGGUGUGAAGACAUCUCUGCUCAUAAAGAUAAUUGAGUGAAGGGAAGAAAAAAAAGUUUUGCAGUGCAAUGUGAAUUAUAUGAGAUAUAAGCAUACAAGGAAUAUAUAACCAUUUCUGGUCUGUAAAAAGUGGAAGCCACACAACUGGCCAGAACGUGAAAUGAGUGGAGACCAUGAAGGAAAGCACUUAAUUUCUGUAGCCAAUAUCAUCGUGAGAAAGGAAUAAAACACUC